AUGGAGCGCUGGCGGAGCGUCAAAAUUGGCAAAGGUCUCUAUUCCGGAUCUGCAGUGAAUCUAGUGCUCAUUACUCCAGAGAAGGCUAUUAAACUCGUUGCUAAUGACUUUUUUCGUUAUCAUCUUGCCGUUCCUGGGCAGACAAAACUGUCAACCACUCGUGGAGCUAUUGCUGGAGCAGGUGCUGGAGCACUUCAAAUCAUUAUCACUACGCCUAUGGAGCUAUUGAAGAUCCAGCUUCAGGAUCAAGGAAGAACAGGAGCAAAAACAAAGGAUUCUGAAAAGUGGAUGUUGAAGGGCCCAAGAAAAAAGGAUGGUAGUGGUGAUGCCGUUUUUUGGACAUCAUUCUGUGCAGGAAUGACAGCUGGUGCAAUUGCAUCUUUCUCAGUAACACCACUUGAUGGUAAGCAUGACGUGCGCGACUGCAACGCUUGUAAAUGUUCGAUGUUGAAGGGUCCAAGAAAAAAGGAUGGUAGUGGUGAUGCAGUUUUUUGGACAUCAUUCUGCGCAGGAAUGACGGCUGGUGCAAUUGCGUCUUUUUCAGUUACACCACUUGAUGUAGCAAAGACUCGUAUACAAACAAUUAGAAAGAAAGCUCAUGAGCUGGUUUACAAAAAUGUGGCACAAGCACUCUACAGCAUUCUUCGAACUGAAGGCGUUCGGGCACUAUUCAAAGGAGCAGCUUGUCGAGUUAUGGCCGUAGCACCCUUAUUUGCCAUUGCUCAAACAGUUUAUUACAUUGGAGUGGCCGAGAAAAUUCUUGGUAUAAAGAAAGCCACACAUGUCUGA